AUGCCAGCGCUCGUCGACGAUGACACUGCACCCGGCCGCCUGCUGCUGCUCUCCAACCGACUGCCCAUCACCAUUAAGCGUUCCGACGAUGGCAGCUACUCCUUCUCCAUGUCCUCUGGCGGUCUCGUCACCGGUCUCAGCGGUCUGUCAAAAACCACCAGUUUUCAGUGGUACGGCUGGCCAGGGCUCGAGGUUCCCGAGAACGAAAUUGCCGGCAUGAAGCAGCGGCUGAAGGACGAAUACGAUGCCCACCCUGUCUUUAUUGACGACGAACUUGCCGACAAGCACUACAAUGGCUUCUCUAACUCCAUUCUCUGGCCGCUUUUCCACUACCACCCCGGUGAAAUCACAUUCGACGAGAGCGCAUGGGCCGCUUACCGCGAAGUCAAUCGUUUAUUUGCCAAGGCUGUUGUCCAAGACGUUCAGGACGGCGAUCUGAUAUGGGUUCACGACUACCAUCUGAUGUUGCUGCCCGAGAUGCUUCGCGAGGAGAUUGGCGACUCCAAGAAGAAUGUCAAGAUUGGCUUCUUCUUACACACACCUUUCCCUUCUUCCGAAAUCUACCGUAUCCUUCCUGUUCGUGAAGCCCUUCUGACGGGCGUCCUCGACUGCGAUCUCAUCGGCUUCCACACCUAUGACUAUGCUCGUCACUUCUUGAGCAGUUGCUCUCGCAUUCUUGGGACCCCUACGACCCCAAAUGGUGUUGAUUACAAUGGUAAAUUCGUCACCGUUGGCGCAUUCCCCAUAGGCAUCGACCCUGAGAAAUUUGUCGAGGGCCUCAAGAAGCCCAAGGUCCAGGAGCGCAUUGAAGCUCUCACGCGAAAGUUCAACGGAGUCAAACUCAUCGUCGGUGUUGACCGCCUCGACUACAUCAAGGGUGUCCCCCAGAAGCUCCACGCGUUGGAGGUCUUCUUGACAGAACACCCCGAGUGGAUCGGCAAGAUUGUGCUGGUUCAGGUCGCUGUGCCUUCAAGACAGGACGUCGAGGAGUACCAGAAUCUGCGCGCCGUGGUCAACGAGCUUGUCGGCCGCAUCAACGGCAAGUUUGGCACCAUCGAGUUCAUGCCCAUCCACUUCCUCCACCAGAGCGUCUCCUUUGACGAGCUCACAGCUCUGUACGCCGUUUCCGACGUCUGCCUCGUUUCCUCAACACGCGAUGGCAUGAACCUUGUCUCAUACGAGUAUAUCGCUACUCAGCGCGAGCGCCACGGUGUCAUGAUCCUAUCCGAGUUCACCGGCGCCGCUCAGUCCCUCAACGGAUCUCUCAUCGUUAACCCCUGGAACACCGAGGAGCUGGCAAACGCCAUUCACGACGCCGUGACAAUGUCCCCCGAGCAGCGCGAGACCAAUUACAAGAAGCUCGAGCGCUACGUCUUCAAGUACACGUCGUCGUGGUGGGGACAGUCCUUUGUCGCCGAGAUGAAUCGUCUCUCCCAGGAGGCGACGCAGUCCAAGACGUUGAAGAACAUUGGCGGCAAUGUGGUCGGUCAGGUCACUAAGGCGAUUCAGGGCGCCGUCGACAGCGUCACCGGUGGCAAGGACAGCGCAGAAGGUGCAAAGGAAACAAAGUCGGAGAAGCAAGAAGCAUAA